UGGGCGGGGCUAUGCUGAUCAGGGGGCGGGGCUAUGCAAAUCCAGCGGCCACUGUCGCACGGCGGGAGCGGACGCGGCGAUCGAGUCUCCUUCCCUGGCAGCAGAGCCCACCAUGCAGGCAGACUCUGUUCUCCACAGUGGCUACUUCCACCCCGUGCUGCGCUCCUGGCAGUGCUCGGCCACCACCUUCGACGCCUCCAACCUCAUCUACCCCAUUUUUGUCACUGACAGCCCUGAUGCCGUGGAGCCAAUUCCCAGCCUUCCUGGACAAGCCAGGUAUGGAGUGAACAAGCUGGAGGGGAUGCUGCGGCCCCUUGUCGAAGACGGCCUCAAGUGUGUGCUUAUCUUUGGGGUGCCCAGCAAGGUCCACAAGGAUGAGAGAGGCUCUGCUGCUGAUGCCGAGGGCACUCCUGCCAUCCAGGCCAUCAGGAAGAUCCAUUCCACCUUCCCAGAGCUGCUGAUUGCCUGUGAUGUCUGCCUGUGCCCUUACACCUCGCAUGGGCACUGUGGCAUCCUGCGUGACGAUGGCACCAUCCAGAACGAGCUCAGCUGCCAGCGGCUGGCGGAGGUGGCGCUGGCUUACGCCAAAGCAGGCUGUCACAUCGUGGCUCCCUCGGACAUGAUGGACGGGCGCAUUGCAGCCAUCAAGCAGGCACUGAUCUCCAACGACCUGGGCAACAAGGUCUCGGUGAUGAGCUACAGUGCCAAGUUUGCUUCGUGCUUCUACGGCCCCUUCAGGGACGCAGCUCUGUCCAAACCGGCCUUUGGGGACCGGCGCUGUUACCAGCUGCCCCCGGGCGCUCGGGGCCUGGCCGUGCGUGCUGUGGACCGGGACGUGCGGGAGGGCGCAGAUAUGCUGAUGGUGAAGCCGGGAAUGCCCUACCUGGACCUCGUGAGGGACGUGAAGGCUCGGCACCCCACGCACCCGCUGGCCGUGUACCACGUCUCGGGGGAGUUCGCCAUGCUGUGGCACGGCGCGCAGGCCGGCGCCUUCGGCCUGGAGGCGGCCGUGCAGGAGGCGAUCACGGCCUUCAGGCGUGCAGGGGCCGACAUCAUCAUCACCUACUUCACCCCGCAGCUGCUGCGCUGGCUGCGGGAGGCGGCGGGCCGGCCCUGAGCGCGGCCAUUGCGGCUGGGGCGGGAUCUCCGGGCGGGGAGGGCAUGCCGGAGGGGCGGGUUUUCCGGGAUGGGAGGGCUCUCCGGGAGGGGCGGGUUUUCCGGGACGGGAGGGCUCUCCGGGAUGGGAAAGCUCUCCGGGAGGGGCGGGUUUUCCGGGACGGGAGGGCUCUCCGGGAUGGGAGGGCUCUCCGGGAGGGGCGGCGUUUCCGGGCAGCAGAGCAGGUGGGUCCCGGCACCGCCGCUCCUCCAGGCCGGAGUUCCCGUGCUCCGGGAGCUCUGCCCGGUGGGUGCCGGCACCGCCCCGCUCCUCCGGGACCCCGCGAGUGUGCAGCUGCCUUUAGCGGUGCUCCCAGCCCGGACACCCCGGCCGUGCCCCGCAUCCCCAGCCGGCUCCAGCCCCGGUGCCCCAGCACUCCCGUGAGAGUGUCGCUGCCCCGGCCCGGCAGACUUUGCCCCUGGCACUCGGAGCAGGGUUUGCCCUCCGUGCCGCGUUCCAUGCUGGCCCCGGAGGGGCCCUGAGCCCUGCCGGAGGGACGCUCGCACUGCGGCGCGCACAGGGCUCGGUGCCCGCAGCGCUCUCCGGUGAGCGGCACGGCGGGGCUGGGCCGUGUCCCGGCGCUGCUGAGGCCAUGCUCCGGCUGCGCCUGCUGACCUGGGACGUGAAGGACACGCUGCUGCGGCUGCGGCAGCCCGUGGGCCAGAGCUACGCGGCCGAGGCUCGGGCCCAGGGGCUGCAGGUGCAGCCCGAGGCUCUGGGGCGCUCCUUCCGAGAGGUGUACGGAGCCCAGAGCCGGCGCUUCCCCAACUACGGCCACGGCCAGGGGCUCAGCUCCCGGCAGUGGUGGCUGGAUGUUAUCAAAGAGAGCUUCAGGCUCUCGGGCGUGCUGGACGAGGCAGCCCUGACGAAGGUGGCAGAAAAGCUCUACCGCGACUACUGCAGCUCCCACAGCUGGGAAUUGCUGCCGGGAGCCGCCGAGACCCUGAACCGCUGCCGCGAGCUCGGCUUCCGCAUGGGAGUGGUGUCCAACUUCGACAGCCGGCUGGAAGCCAUCCUCUCGCAGUGCAACCUGCGGCACCACUUCCAGUUCGUGCUGACCUCCGAGGCCGCGGGCGUGGCCAAGCCGGACGGGCGGAUCUUCGAGCAGGCGCUGCGGCUGGGCGGGGCGCGGCCCGAGCAGGCGGCGCACAUCGGCGAUGACUACGGCCGCGACUACCGGGCGGCCCGGGCCGCGGGCAUGCACGGCUUCCUGCUGCGGGCGGCCGGCCACGAGCACGGCCAGGGCCAGGAGGUGCCCCCCGAGCACGUCCUGCCCACGCUCAGCCACCUCCUGGCUCGCAUCCAGAAGGAGUAGUUGCGGUUCGGAGGGAUCCAGUGCUGCUGAACUGUCCUGACAGAUUUCUUUCUACCAGGUGGGCAGGGAAGAGCAGCAAGUCUGAGCUGCCUAUGAAGCAGGAGGAGUGUUCAUGCAAUAAAAUAUUUCUGAUGCUCAGCA